AUGUUCUGCUUAAGACAAACCCACAGGAGCCAGCAACAGCAGCAACAGCAGCAACAGCAACAGCAGCAACAGCAGCAGCAACAGCAGCAGCAACAGCAGAAGGAAGAGCUGCAGAAGUGCUGCGGCCUCAGACGACCUUCCCUACCAGUGAAUUCGUACGCUACCAACUCCUUCGGCUGUAGCCCGUUUGCCUGCAGCAGCAGCAGCAGCAGCAGCAGCUGGAGCAGCAGCAGCAGCAGCAGCAGCAGGAUGGCAUCAAAUGAACUAGCUGAGGAUCCUCUGAGUGUCUCAGCCCCUGGGGCCCCACACGAUAUCCCCCGAGAGGCCCCACACCCAUCUUCUGCUCUCUGUGAAGCAGGCGCCUCUGCACAGCAGCAGCAGCAGCAGCAGCAGCAACAACAGUCGCAGCAGCAGGACGGUGGAGCAGCAGCAGCUUUAUCUGCAUUUGAAAGGUCGCAUGCGAAAUCUUCCUCCUCCAUAACGUCAGGCGCAGCAGCAGCAGCAGUACCGGCAGCAGCAGCAGCAGCAGUACCAGCAGCAGCAUCAGCAGUUCCAGCGGUAACCCCAGCAGCAGCAGCAGCAGCAGCAGCACUAGCACCAGCAGCAGCAGCAGCAGCAGCACGACCACCUCCCGCAGCAGCAGCACUACCAGUACCACCACUCCCCUCCUCCUCCUCCUCCGCCGCCUCCGCCUCCGCCUCCGCAGCAGCAGCAGCAGCAGCAGGAGCAGCAGCAGGAGCAGCAGCAGGAGGUGCUUAUGCAGGUUUUUAUGAGAAUGAUAUGCUGAACCGCCUGCAGGAAGCAGCAGCAGCAGCAGCAACAGCAGGAAUAGGAGCAGCAGCAGCAACAGCAGCAGCAGCUGCUGCAGUAGCAGUAGCAGCAGCAACAGCAGCUGCUGCAGUAGCAGUAGCAGCAGCAGCAGCAAGUGCUGAUGCUGCUGCCUGGGCGACUUCACCGCAGAACUCGCGGGGCUUUGCAGCAGCAACAGCAACAGCAGCAGCAAUACCGCAGCAGCAGCAGCAGCAGGAACAGCAGGAUGGAGAAUGCCCGGCGCAGCAGCAGGCCUUGCAGCAGCAGCUGCUGCAGCAGCUCGACGCGUUGCUGCUGGCUGCUGUGCACCAACACCAACUGCAGCAGCAGCAACAGCAGCAGCAGCAGCAACAGCAGCAACAGCAGCAGCAACAGCAGCAGCAACAGCAGCAGCUGCUGCAGCAGACGGGUAGGCUUGUGGCGCCUAUAGCGCUGUCUCUGUCUCAGACGGGUUUGCUGCUGAAGGCGCUCCUGUCUCUGCCUCUUCUUGCUGCUACUGCUUCCUUCAGGGAAUUGCUGCUGCAGCAUCCGCUGCUGGAGUUGGCUGUGAGGCUGAUCUCCAAACACUGCUCGUCUCUCACAGCAGCAGCAACAAAAGACGCCUUGCUGCUGCUCCUCGUGCUGCCUCCCAUGCAGUACCAGCAGCAGCAGCAGCAGCAGCAGCAGCAGCGGCAGCCGUGGGUUCGGCAGCAGCGGCUGCUCAUAGCUCGUUUGGUGCGGCGGCUGCUGCUGGUAGGGGGAGAGCUGCAGCAGCAGCAGCAGCAACAUCUGCUGCUGCUGCCGUUCCUGCUGCUGGCGAAGGACCCCUACUUUGCGCAGCAGGAAGGCUUGUGGCAGCAGCUGCUGCAGCAGCAGCUAGCUGCAGCAGGCAAUGGCCCUUUGCUGCUGCAGCCGCAGCAGCAGCAAGAAGCAGCAGUGGAGAUGACGCUGCAAUGCCUGGCGACUGCAGCACAAACUGCUGCCAAAGCCAGCAGCAGCAGCAGCAGCAGCAGCAGCAGGCACGAUCUUUCUUUUGUAUAUCAUGCGGUGUAUUGCCACCUGGGGGAGGAUUGGCUUCUAGCAGCAAGCCCAGCUGCUGUUGCUGCUGCGCUGCUGCAGCUGUGCCGCAUGCAGGUAUUGUCUCCUUCUUUAUUUGGUGCUGCUGUUGAGAGCCUUCUCUCCAGUGCGCUGCUGCAGCGGGAGCAGCAACUGCUGCAACUGCUGCGGCUGCUGGCGAUAUGUAAAAACUACUUCAGCAGCAGAACUAGCCCUGCAGCAGCAGCAGCAGCAGCUGCUGCUGCUGCUGCUGCAGCAAGAGGAGGCCUUGAACCCAACUACGCCCGCAGUGUCUCGCUGCCUCCCCCUAAGGAUUUGCUGCUGCUGCAGCAGCAGCAACUGCUGCAGCAGCAACAGCUGCUGAUGCAGCAGCAUCCGCUGUACACGGAGCGCUGCCGGCUGUUGCUGCGGCUGCUGCGGCUGAGGGUGUCUAUGAGAGCGGAGGCAGCAGCAGCAGCAGCAGCAACAACAAUUGAAGAGGGGUUUGCUCUUACUGAGUUGCUGCCAGCAUCUAAUGCGUACAAAGCUGCGCUGCUGCGGCGCUGCUGCAACGGGUUGCUGCAGGAACUUCAGCAGCCGCAGCAGUUUGCUGCUGCGCUGCUGCUGCUGAGUCGCUUGGGGGUAGGGCAUGGGUCUUCUGUUCGGUUUGCUGCUGCUGCUGCUGCUGCUCGCCUGUUGCCGGGCCUGCAGCCGCAGCAGUUUGCUGCACUGCUGUUGCAGCUGCCCUUUCCAAAUACAUUUGCUGCUCUUAUUGCUGCAAACAAGGCAGCAAAGUCUGCUGCUACUGCUGCUGCAGUGCAGCUCGCAUCCGCGGUCGUGCAGCAGCAACUGCUCCUGCAGCAGCAGCAGCAGCAGCAGCAGCAGCAAGAACUGCUUCUGGGCGAUUCCACCACCAAUUUACCUGCCUUGUCGAGCCCAGCAGCAGCAGCAACAGCAGCAACAACAACACGCAGCUGCAGCGGGCCUGCAGGAAUAAGAACAGCAGAAGCAGCAGCAGCAACAGCAGCAGGAGCAGCAGCACCAGCAGCAGGCAGUGAAGCGCUUGCUGCUACUGAUGUAAUUGUCUCUCUGCUGCAUAAGAUGCGUGUGAUUGGCUUCUGUCGCUUUGCAGCUGAAGCUGUUGCUGCUUGCUGCGCUGCAGUUGCUGCUGCUGCACCCUCUUCCUUUCCAGCCCCAGCAGCAGCAGCAGGAACAGGAGCAGCAGCAAGAAGAGGAGGGCUUGCUGCUCUCUCCCUGCCGCAGCUAACUGCAGCAGCAGAAUGUUUUGCUGCUACUAACAGCACUGUUCCUUACCCGCUUCUUGCUGCUGUGCUGCAGCGGCUGCGGGCCUCAGGGGGUGCAGCAGCAGCAGCAACAGUUGCUGCUCUCGCCAGGAUUGUUGCAGCAGAGCUUUCUCAUUACACCAGAGGCCUACCCCCUGCUGCUACUCCUGCAGCUGCUGCUGCUGCAGCUGCAGCAGCAGCAGCUGCUGCUGCUUCCAAGUCGGCCCUGCUUGAGGCAGCAAACUGCCCUGCAGCAGCAGCAGAAGAAGCAGCAAAUGCAGCAGCAGCAGCAACACCAACGACAGCAGCAACAGAGGUAGGCAUGCCAGCAGCAACGCGCAGCUCCUGUCAGCAGCAGCCUGUUACAGUGGUAGCAGCAGCAGCAGCAGAAGCAGCAGCAGCAGCUGCUGCUGGUGGAGCCAAUGCGGAUGCAGCCGCAGCAGCGGCAGCUGCUGCUGCUUCCGGUGCAGCAACGGCGCAGCAAUUGCUGCGGCUGCUGCUGCAGCUAGCUGAGAAGGCGGAGCUAACAGCAGCAGAAGCCGUUGAUGUUCUGAAGGAUCCCGAACUGCAGCAGGGCAGCAGCACAUCCACCUUCUUCUUCUUCAGCAACAACAACAGCAGCAGCAGCAGCAGCAGCAGCAGCAGCAAGUGCGUGUUGUGUGUGUGCAGCAUAGCGGACUGGGAUUCUCUUAAGGGAGACACUGCUGCUGCUACGCGUUUCUAUGAGGCUCUGUGUCUUGCUGCAGCACACAGACAGACAGCAGCAGCAGCAGCAGAAGCCUUCAAAUGCCUUGCUGCUGCGAGCAGCAUCCCAGAACUGCAGCAACAGCAGCAGCAGCUUACGCCGCUGCAGCAGUUUGAGCGGCAGCUGGUCCUUCAAGAAGAGGCUGAGCAGCAACAGCACGAGCAGCAGCAGCAACAGCAGCACCAGGAGCAGCAAAAACAGCAGCAGCAGCAGCAGCAGCUUGAUGAGGAGCUCUCACCUGUAGAAGCAGCAAUCGAUUACCUUGGAAUAGGCCUCAAUAGUGCUUUAGGGCAGCAGCUUGCUGCUGCUGCUGCUGCUGCUGCUGCUGCUGAUGCUGCUGCACCUGCUGUUCAUGCUGCAGCUUCUUCGGCUGCUGCUGCUACUGCUGACACGGCAUGGGACCUACGCAAAACACCACCCGCAGAAAAAGCAGCAGCAGCAACAGCAGCAGCAGCAGCAGCAGCAGAUGUUGCUGCAUGCAGGCAUAGCCCAAACGACAAGAUACAAAUACCUCUUCCUCGGCCCCCGCCCUUAGCAGCAGCAGCAGCAGCUGCUGCUGCUGCUGCAGCGGAGGCAGCAACAACAAAAACAACAACAGCAGCUGCACCAGCAACAGCUGCAGCAGAAGCAGCAGCAACAGCAACAGCAGCAGAAGCAGCAGCAGAUCCUUUAGAGUUUAUGCUGUUUCGUCAGCCUCUGCGUGGAGGUGCGGAGACACUGCAACGAGCAGCAGACUCAGCAAUCCUCUCCGAGCUGCAAAUGAUCUUUUCUAGCUCCCGGAGGACUCCGCGCAGACAUCUGGAGGUUUGUAUUUCCUUUGGGAGGCUGCUGCAUCUUCUUCCUGUCUCCUCCUUCUUCCGCGCUGCAGCAGCAGCAGAAGCAGCAGCAGGCCCAGCAGCAGCAGCAGCAGCAGCAGCAGGGCGGCCUCGUCCUUGGGUAGUGCCGAGCACACCCGCUGCACCUUAUAGCAGCAACAGCAGCAGCAGCAGCAGCAACAGCAGCAGCAGCAGGAUGCUGGAUUGCUUGGAGACAGGGGGAUUCGCUUUGCUGCCAGCAGCAGGAGGUGAAGCUACACCCGACUGGGGCAGCGAGCAGUGGGGUGUUGGUUUGCUGCUGCUGCGAGAAGACAAAGACAUCUGCUUCUCACCUUUGCUGCUGCUGCAGCGCCGCAUUCAUGAGCUUGCUGCUGUAGAAGCUGCUGCUGCUGCUGCCGGUUCUGCUGCUCUCCCGCGCAGAGUCUCCCGCCAGCAGCAGCAGCAGCUGCAGCUACUGCAGCAACUGCGCCUGCUGCAGCACAGGCUGCAGCAGCAGCAGCAGCAGCAGCAGCAGCAGCAGCACUUCAGGCUCAAGCCUCAGGCGGCGCUGCGGCAGCGAAUGCUCUCGGAUUUGUUGGGGUGGAAAAUCAUUUGUUUAAAUGCAGACAAAGCUGCCGCUCUCCUGCAGCCUGAGGCGGAGCCGCUGCUGCUGCAGCGUCUUGCUGCUGUAGCAAGAGAAGCCCCGAUGCCCCCUAUUCUAGCAGCAGCAGCAGCAGCAGGAACAGCAGCAGGAACAACAACAACAGCAGCAGCAGCAGCAGCAGCAGCAGCUACAUGGGCAGCUGCAGCAAACCCUGAAGCUGUUCGGGAGGCAGCAGCAGCGCAGCUGCAGCGCGAGCUGUAUUUUGUGUUGUCUUAG